AUGUUACUAGUAGGCGUGAUUCUGCGCAUCGGGUUGGCUGCGCUGUUUCCGUCGCUGCCCCAAUUCCUGAGUGCCCAGGUUGAGCUUAGCACACCGGUAUCAUCGUUCAGCCGGCUGCAAGAAGGAGUCUAUCUGUACAAACAUCUGUCUUCUCCGUACCAGGGCAAUGUGUUCUUCCAAUCACCGCUGUUACUGAGUUUGUUUUCUGUGCUGCCAGUUCAAAACUCGUUCUAUGUGAGUGUUUUUUAUGCGCUUGUUGACGGCUGGACCGCUUACAAUCUUGCAAAAAUCGCAAAAGCUCGGCCGAUCACCUCGUUCUCGCCGAACACCAUUGCCCUGCUCUACCUCAUGAACCCGUUUUCAAUGCUCGGCGGGCUGGCGAGAUCAACGCUAAUCUUUACAAACUGGGCGAUUGUUGCAUCCGUCCAAGCCGCCAUCGCGGCGAGACCUAUCAAAAGUGUUGUGCUCAUCGCUCUCGCGUCGUGCCUCUCACUGUACCCGCUUUACCUUGUGUUACCUAUAUUUUCACUCUGCCUACAAAACAGUUACCGGUACUCGUUCCGGUCUAUGGUACUGGCGCUGAUCGGCUCGAUCGGUGCCUUUUCGGCCCUCGGCUAUUUACCGCUCCAAUCCUGGAACUUCCUCGACAAGCAGUAUCUUACAAGCUUGCUAUUUCGUGACCUUUCUCAACCCAAUUUAGGUGUAUGGUGGUACUACUUCAUCGAGAUGUUUGCCCCAUUUAGGCCUUUUUUCGUAGGGGUGUUCCAGCUUUUCUUGGGCUCGUUCCCCGUCGGCCUGACCAUUCGCUUCCCGCACGAGCCGCUGUUCGUUAUCAGCGCAGUAGUCGGCUUGCUGGCCAUCUUCAAACCGUAUCCUGAGGUUGCAGACAUUGGCUUGUUUUUGACUCUGCUCGCGUUGAACAAACGAGUGGUUGGCCUCAUGCGCUAUCGCCUGGUCGUGAUUCUUGGCCUGCUCUACGUCAGUGCUUUGGCUCCGACCUUCUACAAUCUUUGGGUCUACCGCGGCUCGGGCAAUGCCAACUUCUUCUAUGCCAUCACGCUUGUUUACACGCUAACGGUAGCGCUGGCGCUUUCAGAUGCGAUCUGGGCAGCUGUUCGCCUCGACUACGACGGCGGCAGGGGCCGCAACCUCAUGCAACUGUGA